AUGGAGAGCAUUAGUACGCACGUUCUCAAAAACUUUUUGUUGGACCGCCUACCACCUUCAGUUCAAAGCGUUAUAUCUAUUCUUGAUGGAGACCUAGAAGAACUUGCUAAGAAAGCCGAUACGUACCUCCGGUGUUUCAGUUUUCCAGUCGUGGUUGUUACCGAAAGCUCUACUUCAGACAAAACAGUUGCUGCAUUGAGUGACCAAGUGAAUGCUUUAUCCAACAGACUAACUGUAACUGAAGAAGGGCAACAGAUUCAAAUGGUCAAGAGUACUAAGUCAUCAUCUGAAGAACAGUGUUACUACCAUUGA